UUCACUUUCUCAUUAUCUUCGUCUCAGCGUCAAAGAACACGUCUUGCCUCAACGAGUUGGAAUGCUCCACAGCCGGUUCUGCGAGUAGGCAGACGCACUGUUUUCACGCGCGGUCGACCUCCGUGGUAUACUUGCGAGGGACAAAUUGAUAAAUGCUUCGUUAUCGGUAUUUGCGGGGGAUCCGGCAGCGGGAAAACAACAGUUGCGCAAAAAAUCAUCGAACGACUUAAUGUAUCUUGGGUCAGUUUGCUUAGCAUGGACUCAUAUUACAAGGUACUCUCACCAGAAGAAAAGGAGCUGGCGAAAAAGGGCCUUUAUGACUUCGAUCACCCAUCGGCUAUUGACAGCAAGCUUCUGAUCAACCACUUAUCUCGUCUAAAAGAGGGCAAAAGCAUUCAGGUUCCCGAAUAUGACUUUACAACUCAUUCCCGUGUUGCUAAGACGCGAACUCUGUAUGGUGCCGAUGUGGUUAUCUUCGAGGGUAUAAUGGCUUUCUGCUAUCCUGAACUCACUAAGCUCAUGGAUCUCAAGGUCUUUGUCGACACAGAUUCAGACGAGCGUUUGUCGCGUCGUCUGAUUCGUGACAUCACUUGCCGUGGGCGACACGUCACUGAUGUCAUCCAUCAGUAUACUUCGUCUGUCAAACCAGCCUACGAUACCCACAUCGCCCCCACUAUGUCGAUUGCCGACAUCAUCAUACCAAGAGGUGGUGAAAAUACCGUUGCAAUUGACAUAAUUGCCAAGCAUGUUGAGAAGCGUUUGAACGAACACGCACACCGAUUGCGUUUCGAACAGGCAAGUGGAUUACGCCUUUCCUCUGGCCAUCUUCGUAUGAACGGAUCCGGCGACGCUGGAAGGAGUGGCAAUAGUUCCCCCGAAGAGGCAAAUGACACAGCCAGCGUGUUUUCUCUGGGCGAUUACAACGGCGGCUAUAGCAACGGCGUUGAUGUCACCAUUGAUCCCAAGUUAAUUCCCCCGACAGUGAACGUGUUGCCGCUCACACGGCAGGCCCGUUGUCUUCACACCCUUCUCCGCGAUCAGAACACAAACCAAGACGCAUUCAUAUUCUAUGCAGAGAGAUUAAUGCGUCCACUCUGUGAAUUCGCCUGCCGCCUUCUUCCCUACGAGGAUGUUGUGGUGGACACGCCCCAGGGCAUUCCGUACCGCGGUCGUCGCUUGGCCCCCGGCACUCAGAUAUGUGGCGUUUCCAUUCUUCGUUCUGGUGAGGCCUUCGAACCCUCACUCGCCGCAGUCUGCAAGGACGUCAGGCUGGGGAAGAUUCUCAUCCAAACAAACCCCGAAACCCUCGAACCAGAACUCCAUUACUUGAGAUUACCCAGCGACAUCAAGGACUGCUAUGUGAUCCUGAUGGAUACGACGGUGGCUUCUGGUGCAGCAGCGAUCAUGGCGAUGCGGGUGCUAGUGGACCAUGAUGUUCCCGAGGAUCACAUCAUCCUCAUUUCUCUCAUUAUGGCCGUGCAGGGUGUUCACUCCGUUGCCUACGCCUUUCCUAAUGCACAUAUCGUAACCUCUUCAAUCGAUCCCGGAUUAACCGAUGACUACCAUAUUCUCCCUGGAAUCGGCAAUUUCGGUGACCGUUACUUCGGCACAAGCCCCAUUAAGGGAUCACUUUGA